AUGGAAAGUAGGAGAAAGGAUUUAAAGUUAAAGGUGGAUUUGAAUAUUUCACAAAAACCAAAAUCUACAAAUUAUCGUCAAGCAUCAAGGUUACCAAGUAUCACAAUCCCUAAUGAUACUCCUCCUGAUGACUCAAAUGUAGAAUCGGAGUCAAUGUCAUCUUCCAUUACAACCACAUCAACGACCAAUCAAUUUGCCUUCUCAGAUCCUUAUACUUCUCAUUUUGGUCAACCAAUAACAAUCGAUUGCUCAUCUAAUGCAUCGCAACUGUCACUACCACAAUCUCAACCCCCGUCAACAACUACAUCCUUAAUGAACAUUUCAGUUCCUCAUUAUCAUUAUUCUAAUAAUAAUUUCGCAAGCCCUGGUAGUAGCAUCAACGAUAAUUCGUUAUCGUCAUUCACCACCAAUCACCACCAAUCAACUAGUAAUACUCCAUUAACACCCAUAGAUAAUAAUGGGUUUUAUUUUGAUUACAACAAUAGCACAGCAGAAUUUUGUAAUGGUGAUAAUAACAAUAUUAGUAAUGGUGCUAACAACAAUAUUUUUGGAAUGGUUAAUAUUUAUUAUGUAAAUUCUGAAUCAAAUGAUAAUCAAUUAGCAAAUACGUCAUCAUCUCACAUCAAUAAUCAUAACAAUUUAUUAUCUUCAUCUUAUGAUCUAAUGUCAACUGAUCCCAUCAUCUUACAUCCAAAUAUAGAAAAUUGUAAAAUAAAAACGCUAGAUUCCGAUUAUAAUCGUUGGAAUAAUAACAGCGUCAACAAUGAUGCUAACAAUAAUUUAAUUGACGAUCAAAUAAUACCAUCAUCUAUAACUGGUAGUUGUGAUGACAACAAUAAUAACCCCAAAAGACAAUCAUCAAUAAGUAUUGUCAAAAAUUCAAAUUCUCCUAUUACCUCACCAAAUUUACCUGACACUAUAAUAUCACCACAAAGAUCAUCAUCACGGUCAUCAACACAUCCACAAUUAAAUACAAACUUAAUAAAAGCAUCAAGCUCUACACCUACAUCACCGAUUUCGCCAAUUUCACCAAUAACUUCUACAACGCUGACAACAUCACCCAAAUCGAUGCCAUUAUCGAUUGACAACAAAGACGGCAGUAGCAACAACUUAUCAUCAUCAAAAAACUCAAUACCUACAACUUGUACAAAUUGUCUUACCCAAACCACACCAUUAUGGCGUCGCAAUCCUGAAGGUCAACCAUUAUGUAAUGCUUGCGGUCUUUUCUUAAAAUUACAUGGUGUGGUCAGGCCUUUGAGUCUAAAAACUGACGUGAUAAAAAAACGCAACCGUAAUGGCUCGACAUCAACAACUAAAACCUCUGGUAAUAAAACUGGUAAGAGUACGGUUCAAAUGGGUCCUGGUGGCCCAAGUAUGGGCGUCAUGGGUAAAAGAGUUUCAUUAUCGAUGACUUCAAAGCAACAUCAUCAACACAAUAAUCCCAUGAACGCUCUUAUGAACGGCACUGGUGGCUUUAGUAACAAUAGUAUGCAACAAACAACUGCUUCCAUAUUAUCAACAUCUGCUCCAACUGCCGCAACACAAUAUCCAAAUAUUGCAUCAACAACAAAUGACUCUUUUCAAUCAAUAACAGCUACUGUCGCAUCAUCAUCAAAACGUCAAAGGAGAUCGUCAAACGACGAACAACAAAUAUUGUAUACUUCUCAAAUAUACAGACAGUUGGAUAACAGCUCGGUUGUUCUAGAAUAUUGA